AUGGACUUCGUGAUUAACCCAUGCACUUGGAAAACCCAUCCGCCCCCCCCCCUGCUUCUGAAGGUACAAUCAUUCAUAUACUCAAUCCAACAUCUAAACCGCAUUAAACGCUGUCGUACCACCGCUCUCAAUUACCUUCGUUCUGCUUUACGUAGUCAAGCUAGUUGACCCCACCUUUCCUCACCCCUUCCUUACGUUCGAUACCACCACAAUCUUUUCUCGCCAUUGGACGCUUGCAUCAUCACCGUACAUGUCUGCUCUCCUUCUGUGGAGCCUUAGUGUAAUAAAGAUUCGACCUGACUUAUUCUUCCCUGUGCUUAUUCCUUUUUAUAUUUGUUCGCGGUUAAAGAAUACAGAGGUUAAGA